CGCGCGUGCGCUCCUCGUGUCGCCGGGAAUGGACGCUUAAGAUGAGCUCAGGAUUGCGGCGGCAGUACUAGGGAAUGCGAGAGCAGGCGCAGUUUCGUCAUGCAUUUGGGGCCGAGCCGGAAGGUUCUUUGUUUUGAGGCGUUUGGCAGGUAUUUAGGUAGGAAAGGAGGCCGCUGGUAGGUAUGCAAUUUUUUUUCUUGUCAUUGUCGCAGUCUGUCUUUUGUUCAAAGAGCUUCCUGUUCUCGUUCAGCUUUUCUCUUCUACUCGCUUGUCGAUAACCUGCCAUCAUGGUGCAACACACGCUCUCGUUACGCUUCUCGCUGUCUCUCCUUGCUUCUUCUUUGAUCGCGACCGCAUCCGCCGUCCCCCUAACACCGCGAUCUCCCACCUGCACACUCCCCGCCAACAGCACCGCGUCUUCUAUCGAAUGGACCACCUGCCCUCCCGAAGCCAGCGUCCCUGAUAACGUCCAAUGCGCCAGCUUCUCCGUCCCCAUCGACUGGGACGAGCCGCACGGCGCGCACUUCAACCUCGCGCUCGUCAGAGUGCCCGCGACGCCCUCCAACAGCUCGUCCCGGCUCGGCUCGUUGUUCAUCAAUCCCGGCGGGCCGGGCGGGUCCGCGAUCGAGCUCGUUGUCGCGCUCGCGGCGGGCGGCGAGAGCAUCGGGCUCGGCCCGCUGCUGGAGAGCUUUGAUGUUAUCGGCUUGGAUCCGCGUGGCGUGGGAUUCAGCAACCCGGUAAAGUGUGACAUGGGGAUCUGGGCGGAGCGUGUGUCGCUGUUCCCGGAGACGCAGGAGGAGUUUGAGCAGCUUGUGGAGCAUAAUAGAAGGUUGGGAGAGUCGUGCUUGAAUAUGACGGGGCCGCUGCUGGCGCAUGUGGAUACGAUCAGCGCCGCAAAAGACCACGAAGCCGUCCGCAUCGCCCUGAACGACGGACCGCUCAACUUCGUCGGCCUGUCCUACGGCACCCAGCUCGGCGCCCAAUACGCCGCGCUCUUCCCCGACAACAUCCGCACCCUGCUCCUCGACAGCAUGCUGCAGCACUCGCAAUCCGAGGCCGCCAACAUCCUCACCGAAUCAACCUCCUACCAGCUCGUGCUGACCGACUUCUUCGCCUGGGCCGCCACGAACGAGACCUCCGUCCUCCACGGCCGCGACGUCGAAGCGCUCUGGCGCGAGCUCCUCGCCAACGCUACGCAGACGCCCAUCCCCGCGCCAACCUGCAACGGCACCACCUGCCGCACCGACGUCAACGCCGAGGAGAUCCUCUUCAACAGCCAGGCCUUUCUGCACUUCAAGCCCGCCAUCCCGGGCCUCGGCGCCAGCUGGGCCGACUUCGCCUCCGCGCUGCACAACGCCUCGCAGGGCGACGCAUCAGCCCUGUCAAGCAGCCUGACCGACCCCUCCGCCAUCUCCGGCCUCGCAGUCGAAUGCCUCGACUGGACGCACAACGCGUCUCUCACGCUCGCCGGCAUGCGCGCCAAAAAGGCAAUGGCGGAGCACUACGCGCCGCUCACGCAGGGCGCGUCGCAGUCCUGGGCGCUGCAGCACCAGUGCCUCGGCUGGCCGGUUCCGGUCGCCAAUCCGCCCGCGAAACUGCACGUGAAGACCGACGCGCCCAUCGUGAUGGUGAAUAGCUACGCGGAUCCGAGCACGGGGUUCCCCUGGGCGCUGGGCAUGCUGGAGGAGAUCGACAACAAGGUGUUUGUGAGCAGAGAUGGGGUUGGGCAUACGAGUUUCGCGCUGGGGGGCGAGACGACGCAGGUGGAGAUUGAGUAUUUGAUUACGGGGAGGGCGCCGCGGGAUGGGCUGGUUACGCGGUCUUAAGGGGGAGGACGGCGCUGUGGUGAUGGGGUUGGUUUACUCUUUUUUUUUGUGUUUAAGCUUCUGCUGCAUCGUCGAUUUGGGGGUUACAUAUUAAUUCAUUCUGUGGUGUUGAUUGCGUGCGUGUUUUCUUGCCGAUUCUGGGUUGUGUUUGUGAUGGGGGUAUGCGUGAUUUCGUCUCGUUUCUGGUCCCGCGUGCAAGGAGGUUCAGUUGUUGUUCGUCGCAUGGCUCCAAUUCUGAUGGCGUCGAAGUCAAGAAGUGGUAAUGUAUGGUACGGUACAU